AUGGGCCUAGGCCUUGAAGCUAUCAAUGCUGGUUCUAUGGAUGUGGGCAAAUCAAAAUCAAAGGGAAGAAAAAACAUACACAACGAUGAUGAUGAAGAUAAUGCUGAGGCGACUGGUUGUUGGAUUAAGUUCAGAUUUUUCGGAAGCUGCAUAUCUUCUAGGGCUAAUGUUGAUAGCUCUGUUAGUGGCUCGAGCUCGCAAUAUGCUGAAAGUAAAUCUACAAACGAUACAAGUAGAGACCAACCAGUUGCUCCAGUCGUAUCAUCUUCAACAACCAGCAACACAGAAAGCAUACCAUCUACUCCUAUUGUAGGCGAGGAAUUGAAAAUUGCUUCUCAGCUUCGAAGAUUUACCUAUAAUGAAUUGAAGAUUGCAACGAGGAACUUUAGGCCUGACAGUCUCCUUGGUGAGGGUGGCUUUGGUUGUGUUUUCAAAGGUUGGAUCAACGAGACUGGAUGUGCGCCAGUUAAACCUGGCACGGGGCUCACGGUUGCCGUGAAAACUCUCAAUCAUGAUGGGCUUCAGGGCCACAAAGAGUGGCUUGCUGAAGUAAAUUAUCUCGGUGACCUCAUCCAUCUACAUUUGGUUAAAUUAAUAGGUUAUUGCAUAGAGGAUGACCAAAGGCUCCUCGUCUAUGAGUUUAUGCCUCGGGGAAGUUUGGAGAAUCACUUGUUUAGAAGGUCCCUGCCUCUUCCUUGGUCCAUAAGAAUGAAAAUUGCAUUGGGUGCUGCAAAGGGUCUUGCAUUUCUUCAUGAAGAAGCUGAAAGACCAGUUAUAUAUAGAGAUUUUAAAACAUCGAACAUCCUACUAGAUGCUGAUUAUAAUGCGAAGCUUUCUGAUUUUGGUCUCGCCAAAGAUGGUCCCGAGGGAGAUAAGACGCAUGUAUCUACUCGUGUAAUGGGAACAUAUGGCUAUGCUGCCCCCGAGUACGUGAUGACAGGACAUCUGACGGCAAAGAGUGACGUUUACAGCUUUGGGGUGGUUUUGCUUGAAAUGUUGACUGGGAGAAGAUCAAUGGACAAAAGCCGACCAAAUGGGGAACAUAACUUGGUGGAAUGGGCAAGACCAUAUCUUGGAGAGAGGAGAAGGUUCUACAGGCUCAUUGAUCCACGUCUUGAGGGUCGUUUCUCAAUCAAAGGGGCACAGAAGGCUGUGCAGUUGGCGGCUCUAUGCCUCAACCGUGAUGCAAAAGCUCGACCUCUGAUGAGCGAAGUUGUUGAAGCCCUUGAACCGUUGCCUAAUUUGAAGGACAUGGCCUGUUCCUCCUCCUAUUUCCAGGCCAUGCACUCAGAACGUGCUGCUUCCAGAAUGCAAGUUUUUUCGCUAAAGAAUGGGCAGCCGACUCGGAGUCCUGCCUUGCCAUACCAUCUUCAAGCCUCGCCAAAUCAACAUAUUCAACCUCUCCGUUCACCAAAACCAGACAAAACAUAA